AUGAGUCUGCCAUUCGCCGCUCAGACAAUGGGUGCAGCCAGCCACCUUAUUUCUCGGCCCUUUGAUUUACCAUUACGUAAUACAGCCUGUUCUCACUUGGGCAGGGAUAUCUUCAUCAGGUUCUUCACUGUUAUGGCUCCUGGGGGCUUUUACCAGGUGAAGAUUUACGUCGAAAUGAAGCUGGCCCUGUGGCUGGAGAUAGCAAGCAUUCUCUCCAAGGAGAGAAAAUCCAUUCUUAUCUUGAAGAUAAUUCUUCGCGGACUGAAAAGCCUCUUCUACUUGAUGUACAGCCCUGGAAAGUGUCUGGGUAGUAUACAAGCUAAAGGUGUUGUUAGAGUACGAGAAAGAAGCAAUGCAGUUAGGAUUGCAGGGGUUUACCUGGGCUACCGCGCGUUCUAUAUCGGAUAUGAUCUCGUGCUGGUCUCAACAGCGACGUCACGAUACCCAGGAAUACCAGUCCUGGAAGCUGUUGAGCAGCUUAGAGCCCACCUUGGUCUCGUGGCCGCCCUGCGCCUGUGGGCUUAA